AUGGGCUUUUCGAGUCGACGCCCAAUUCUGCCUGCGCCUACAGACUCUUUACUGGAGUCGGCUGACGACACUGGCCACGGUACGGACCUUGGGACCGAUCUGUCUCGACGAAGCGAGAAGACCUCCGAGAUCAUUCCUGACGACGGGAGCCCAAUCACCAUUACCCCUGCCCCGAAGCGCAACAUAGGAAAACUAACAAAGUCCGGUCAACAAUCUCAAACUUCAUUGCUUAUUGAGUUAUUUGAAGGAGGUAAAGCAUCCGAUUCUGGGCAGAGAAGGCCCAGCUUACGAGUUCGCUACACACCAUCUCACUCUCGGAAGAACAGAGAUAAAAGCGACCGCCACAUUCUGGUCACCGAGUCUCCGACGGCGAGGCGGCCAUCCUUCAGCCACCGCAUUUCACUUGGAGGAAACGAGACUCUUGCGCCGAACGUCAUUGAGGGCAGCAUCAGUUCUUUGGAUACAGGCGACGACUUCAGGCCUGCCGUGCCUGUCGACAUCGAAGUCUUACAAAACGAGGACAGCGACAGGUCCGUCUUGAGCUCACUUCCUGAGACCAGAUACAUAAUCCCAGAAUCCGACAUUUCGUCUAUGCCAGCAGAGAGCUCUCUAGGACCCAAUCCACCUAUCAACAUGUCCCCUUCCAGCCAGAGCGUCAGCAUCACCCGAGGUAUGUCUGCUGAAGGGGCAUCUUUGAAACCACCUGUUAUUCCCGCCGAACGUAAUCUGAGCAACGAGCGAAUCACGCAGAAAGUCAUCGAAAAGUUGAGCAACAAGCCACGCGUUUCGAGUAAUGGAAAGCGUCAUCAUAGCAGCCAUAGUGGAAGUCGGAGCAGCGCGACCAGAGAACCGGAGUCUAUGCACGCCGAACCGCGAAUUCGUGUCACCAAAAACGUCGACGAUGACUCCAUGCAAAGCAUGACCGGUUCUAGUAUUGUCAGCGGCUCUCAAAUGUCUGCAGACCCGCGGGCCACAGACCAACGAUCGGCCCGCUCAGGGACAUCAAACGUCUCUGUCACGAACAACCCGAAACUGCUUCACGCCGUUGAAGAUGCCAUCCGAAGGCUUAUUUUGCCCGAGCUCAAUGAAUUGCGCCGAGAUCAGAAGCAUUCCCACCGAUCUCGGCAUGAUAAAUAUAGCAAUCCCGAUGUGUCGUCGAGUACCCUAUCGCGAGAGGACAGGACGCGUCGCAGAUCAUCAGGGGGCAAAUCCAAACGUCGAGUCAGUCGAGAAGCUGAAGGUGGAAUGCCUUCAGAUUCGUCUCGUCGUCACAGACGUCACAAGACGGUCGACUAUGAUUCACCUUCUGAGCAAAGCUACGAGCCAUCUGAGUCUGUCGACAGCUUGGGCGACGAGAAGAGGUCCCGAAGGCACUCCAAAGGCCGACGUGCCCGUGAUGUCGCAGCUGGGUCCGUUGGUGGCGCAGCCCUGACCGCUGCCGCUCUGAAAUCGCACGAUUCGGCCUCGAGUCUGGACUACUCGGAGCACCGCAGACGGCGGAGGAGCAAAUCCCGUAGCAGCCGCAGCGCAAGCUAUACAGAGAAGGAGGACGCUUUCCAGAAACAUCAAGUGCCACCCAUGCCCUUCGUCAGUGAAAUUGGUACUGAUCUCACUCGAAGCUCGCUUAAAUCCUCAAAUGAUGGCCGCGCCGAGACACCAACCCGGCGUGAGGUGCGUGAGGUGAUACGCGGAUCUCCUCUCGAACUUUCGUCGCCAGCAUCUCAAACGACGCCCACCGCCAACGCUCUCGAUCUGAAAAGGGGACUCGGUACCCACCAUGGUAAUUUUUCAGAGCACGAUUUGUCGACCCACGACUUGUCCUCAAAGAAAGAAAUGUUCGAUGAGGAUACUUUUGACAAACCACAUGAGCCUGAAGAGCUGGAUUUUGCUACUCAUGGUUUUGCGGCUUUAACAGAUCCAGAAAGGGCUCGUCAAUAUGAGAGGAAUCUUCAUCAGCAGCAUCCCAUUAGACGGGGCCUUAGUCCGAUACAGAGCGUUGCCAGUUAUGCGACUACGGAACCCAAUCGCAACUCCUUGAUGCAGGCACACAGCUCGGAGUCUUUGCACUCGCCGGGCAAACAUCCUGAAAUGGAUGACCAAGUCUCCGUCUCUUCCUUGUCAUCAGCGCCCAGUACUGACCUGGCCCGCUCUAGGCGGCCUCAAGGGAUGAGCUUGGAGAGCCGGAGUGAGGUCAUGGCUCAACAUGUGAGCUCGCUUGAAAGCACUCCUCGCCAAAUGGAUCCACACGCUGCUUUUGGAGAACACCACGAAGACGACAGCUAUCGUGACUCGCCGUAUAUCGACAAAGUCACUGCAGGCCAACAGGUUGUCGCUAAAGGCAUCGGGGCAACAGCGCAGUAUGUGGAUGAACCGUCAGGUGUCGAGUCCGCUGUUGCAUCGCUAGUCGAACCUUCUCUCCUCUCCGCCGACUAUACAUAUUCACCACGUCACAGCCAGACGGAUUCGCUUGGCGCUCAUGAGAUGGCAAGUCCUCUAUUAUCCCACAACGAUUACAUGUCGAGGCACAGUGGCAGCCCGCUGAAACGACAGCUUUCAAACCAUAGUGAGAGCCUACACGGGCUCGCUCCAGGAGCAGCGGCUGUGAUGACGUCGCCACCUCAGAGUCCUGCUCGCUCACUUGAACAUUUGGAGCAAGCUUCCGCUAAAUCAGCGCACCCUGCACCUCUUGCUACCAGUAAUGUGCCCAGCGGUCAAGUGGAACGUUCACCCGAGUCAGACAUCACCACGAAUCCGUCUAUCAUCCGAGGCCCGAUUGGCGGCCUCACACAGGGCAAUACUGAGCACUGGCCUUAUGAUCCAACACCUCCACACUCUCGAGCUAACCUGGUGCUUCCGCCGGUGAGUCGCGACAUCGGCUCCGCUGGGGCUGAUCUCAUCCCUGAGCCCUUGUCCACCAACCGUGAUCAUGACUUUGAUCCGAAACGUGACCUCUAUUUGCAACCCCAGCCUCUGUCAACUCCUCCAGGGGCUAAGGAUGAGGGCUAUGAAACUGGAGCAAAUGUACCAUCGCCAGGCCUUUAUUCCCAAGGCCGAGGUGUUCAAGACGACACCUUCACACCGGAUAUACCACUCGACCAUUCUCCUAUUGCAGACGAUCCCUUUACGGCCCAGCGAGAUCAGUAUGUUAGUGGUCUUUCGCAUGGCAUGUCACCCAUGUAUGACAGUGCAACAGGCCGCGGCCGUGAUAAUAUCCAAUCAAAGGAUAUUGUGGCUCUCAUGGAUCAUCUUACAAUGCGCGACGCCCAGCGAAAUGCAAGAGAUACGGAAAUUCUCGUGACUCUAGUUCGCAGCGCUGCUGAGAUGCGUAACUCCUUUGAAGACAUGAAAAAGUUCAUUGCAGAACAGGACGAUCUCAUCAUGGACACUGCUGAUAGGCAACAUGAAAGAACCCAAAAGAUCAUCGGCGGGCCGCGACCACAACCCAUCGCUGCUCCUCGCCCGACAAUGUCGGCAACCUCCGAGGAAGACAUGCCGUCGAAGCGUCGCAAUGUAUUCCAACGUGCGCUUAGAGGCCUUGGAGCCAAAAACUCGCUGGAAUUGCAAAACAUUGAGGCAAUGCUGAUGCGGCUUUUGGACGAAGUCGAGGCAUUGAGGGCUUCACAACCGAGAGCUGUUGCAAGAGAUCAGCCUAGAUCUACAAGCUUGACGUCUGCAGAAAACACUCGUGCUCCUACAGACACAGGAUAUGAACCAGAGGGUCAGGCAGGGACCUCAUCAACCGGUGAUCGUUCGGGCUACUUCUCGAAUAACUCCUCUCGCCAGGCCGAUUAUCGCAACCACAACAUGCGUCGAGAUUCUGGUAACCGAGUGAGCACAGUCAUGGAAGGUGAUGAAGAGUACGACGACUAUGGGAACCAUCUCGGCGCUGCAGGCGGGAAUGCACAAGUCGUGAGCCACACGCCACUGGGCACGCCACCAAGGAACGACGGAAUUCGACAAGCCAGAGGAGGUUCGGUUCCCUUGAAUACUCCGCCUCGAACGCUGGCCCAAAACACGGGAUCUUUAAGCAAUGAAAAUACUCCUCACCUCUCCGCAGGUGACGCAUCAGGAAGGAAGCACAAGUCUUUUGCAUCUUCCUUUAUUCCAAAGAUGGUCUCUCGGUGGUCCAAGACUACUUCAUCUUCUGCCGAUAACUUUCGGUCAAGUCAACAACGAGUUAGACCUUACUCAGAGCACUCUCGAUCAGGUUCCAAUCUCGGAGAAUAUGAGUACGAGCAUGAUCCUCAAGGCGAGGACCGUAUUAGGUCGAACACUUCGUUCAAUCGGGAUCAAUACGAGGACGUGGAGAAUCGACCACCAUCUCCUUUAGUACCAAGCCAGUUGUCUGACAACCCCAAGUAUCAGGCUCACCGGAACAGCAUCAACCUUCAGCACCCACAGCCUAGACAAGGGCCCACGGGUCGCUUCCAGUCGCGUUUGGAGUCUGAAGCACAACACUACAACAACGAACAAAUCUCGCCGACUUCCCAGACUUCGUCUCAGUGGGAGACCCACUUGGGGCUGCACCCUACCCAUGCCGCAACCAUUUCCUAUGGAGGACAUCUCAGUCCUAUUUCUGACUCGCCCUACUCUGCAGAGCCAGGCCAAAUACAUGAUAGCAGGAGCAUUCAAUCCGGAAGCUCUCAGGGGCCGCCUCGACCGCCGAAGAUUCCAAAUGACGAACCGUUGGUGCCGCAACGUCCGCCCAAGAUUAUGAUGAGUCCUACACCCUCGAACAGACAGCCGACUUACGUCGACCAUGUUGCUGCGGCAAGAGCCGGAAGCCCAGCAUUUGACAAGUCUCCCGUCGCCGCAUUGAGAUCGCCACAGAGUCAGGCACGAAAGCCCUCAGGGCCGAGACCCCUAGGUGGAUCAGGUGGCUCAAAGGGUGAUCUGAAUGCCAUUAAGAGAGCCAGAUUCAGAGGCAGCCCAAACCAGAUCGAUAGCGAGGACGAGGCCACUGCGGCACACUAA